CUGCUGCCUAUGUUCUUCACUCACUGCUUGGGAUUCUCUGAUCACACAAACCCUCUUUGGAUUUAACUGCUCGCCUUUGGCAAACCUUUGGAUUUUUUUGCUGCCUCUUCGCUAUUCCUUUGUGAAGCAUUUAAGCAUCAUGACUCUGGAAGAGGUUCACGGACAGGAAACCGUUGUAGAAAACACUGAAAGAAUGCACAGCGCUGGCAAAGCUCUUCACGAGCUGCUCAUCUCCGCCCAGAGACAGGAGUGUCUGACCGUUGGAGUCUACGAGUCUGCCAAAGUAAUGAAUGUAGAUCCAGACAAUGUCACUUUCUGCAUUCUGGCUGCUGAUGAGUUUGACGAGGGCGACAUUGCCCUGCAGAUCCACUUCACCCUCAUCCAAGCUUUCUGCUGUGAAAAUGAUAUCAACAUCGUACGUCUAAAUGACACCGAAAAGCUGGCUGAAAUCUUAGGCAGCAACGAUGAGUCUGGAGAGCCGAAAGAUCUGCAUUGCAUCCUUAUUACGAACCCCAGUGAGGAUGCUUGGAAAGACCCUGCUCUGGAAAAACUUGGUCUAUUUUGUGAAGAAAGCCGUAAUGUUAAUGACUGGGUUCCAACUAUUACCCUCCCCGAGUGAACUGACUCAUGCAUUAGAUUGUGAAAAAUCGUUUUGCAUUCUUAUCACGGUGUUGUGCGCCUGGUUGGACCGGCUGCAUUCCCCGAGUCUGUGGAUUACGCCGGUUGAGGUCGGAAACUGUGGCUGAGACCGGCAAGAUGUUGGCUCUUGUGGAGCAAAAGAGUAAGGAGGAAACUUGACGUGGACUGAUCUGCAGAAGGGAAGGUUCAGACCAGUGCAAAGCCUCCUACAUUAGUAGCACUGAUGGGGCAGUCAUACCGUGGAGCUGGAGUAUGUUGCAUGUUUUGCAAGCCUGGAAGGACUUUUGCAAAGUGGAAAUGUAUCUUUUGGCUAAGAUGGUACAAGGAAGGACAUGACAGUUGGGAAACACCUUGCUAACAUGAACUUGAGUGGAUUUUUUGGAAAUGUUUGGACUGGAUACUAUAUAGAAAAACAGAAAAAAAACUUUGGACUUAUAAAGCUAAUCAACUGCAAUGUAUAUCAAGCUUAUCAAUUGCAUUUUUCUAUUAAUGAUUCUGUCUGUGAGGCAGAGACCUGAAACACCAAUGAACUAUGAACUUUCUAUUGCAUAGACUUUCGUCAUACCUGUGCAUGGCUAUUUAGCACUGUCAUAAAGUGCUUACUUUAAUUCCAUCGAUUACAGUAAUGUUCAUUUUGAUAUUUUAUAUUUAAUAAACAAAUUGAAACUUA